AUGGGGCUUGAUAAAACUAGAGUGCGUUACACCAACACAGGUGCCUUACUAAUAGAAGUGGGUGGCCCUGAUAAUAAGGACCACGCUGAUAACCUAGCCGUGAAACUCCGCGAAAUUCUUCGCGAUGGUGCUCGAGUUGCUCACCCCACUAAAAUGGUUGAACUGAGAUUCGUCGGUCUUGAUGAUUCCGUUACAUCGGACGAAGUCGCGCAAGUAAUUGCCACGGUUGGCGAAUGCACAACGCAAGAGGUACGAGUGGGUCAAAUCAAGCCAAUGCGUAACCGACUAGGAAUCGUCUGGGCCCAAUGCCCGUUAACUGCUGCCAUCAAGGUCGCAAACCAGAAGAAAAUUUGCUUAGGAUGGAUGAUGGUCAAGGCGGAGCUUAUGAAAGCCAAACCAUUGAAGUGUUAUCGCUGCUUAGAAGUCGGUCACGUUGCCCAGAAUUGUACAAGAACGGACCGGAAGGGCAUCUGCUACCGCUGCAGCACGACUGGUCAUAGAUCGGCAGAUUGUCUGGCAACCCCGUACUGUGUCCUCUGUAAAGAAGCAGGAGUUGCGGCAGAUCACCGCAUAGGGAGCGCAGCAUGCCACCAGAGUAACGCUGUUGCAAUGAGGGCUGAUCGGAGGAAUGGCCCACCAGAUGCAUCUAUACCGACACGCUAA